GAUUUAUUCAUUGGUGGGAGUCGAUAAACGAGAUACGAAAUAGUUCACGAUAGUAUUUAAGAGCUAUCCUUUCGAAUUGAUCUAUUACAUUUCUACCAUCGCUGUUUACUGUUGUACAUUAGCUGAAAACUUAAAAAUGCCUUCCUAUAAGUUAACUUACUUCCCAGUAAAAGCUUUGGCUGAGCCAAUCCGUUUCCUUUUUAGCUAUGCUGGAGUCGAAUUUGAAGAUGUUCGUUUUGACAGAAAUGAUUGGCCUACUAAAAUAAAACCAACUACGCCUUUUGGACAAGUACCCAUGUUGGAAGUAGAUGGAAAGAAAAUCAAUCAAUCUGUUGCCAUCAGUCGUUACUUGGCUAAACAAUUUAAACUUGCUGGAAAAGACGACUGGGAAAAUUUAGAGAUCGACGCUACCGUCGACACUAUUCAUGAUCUUCGUGCAAAACUCGCUGCUCAUUUUUAUGAAACUAAUCCUGAAGUUAAGGCUGCAAAAUUAGAGGUAGCUAAGGAAGUAGUACCAUUCAUAUUAGAACGUUUGGACGCUCAAGUAAAAACUAAUGGAGGUUACUUCGUUGGCGGUGCUUUGACUUGGGCAGAUCUUACUUUUGUUGCUCUAUUGGAUUAUCUUAACGGAAUGAUGAAAUCUAAUAUCAUUGAGAAAUAUGAUAAUCUCAAAGCAUUGCAGAACAAGGUUCUUAAUCUUCCAAGUAUCAAAAAAUGGGUCGAGACGCGUCCCGAAUCUGAAUUCUAAAUUUCUUAUUAACUUUCUCUUAUAUAUAUAUGAUGAAACAAAACAACUAUGUAGUUUUUUUACAUUUAUGAGAGAGAAGAAUUAAUAAUAAUUAAAUCCAAAUAUUGAUUGUUAUCGCUAUAAGAGAUAUACAAAUAUGAUCCAAGUAUUUUCAUUACUUGUUUAUAUCUUCAUAGGUUGACGAUGUAAUUAAACCUAUUAAAGUAUUCACAAUUGGAAAGAGAUACAUUUCCAAUAUAAUUUUGUAUAAUCAAUAAAGAACUCAUUUUAA